GGCAUCGAGACCGCACUCACUCACUGUACACACACACACACCGGAGGUCGAAGUGUUAAGACCGGUAGAGGAACGUCAUCCACAAUCUGUCCAUUGGGAGCUCUUGGAGUCUUCACAAGUUCACAUCCAGAUAUUAGAGAUUGUCCACGGUGAACAAAGGCCCUGACCAUGUGGAAAAAUCAAACUUGGGGACUCGUGGUCCUGCUGGUUUGCCUCUCUUUGGUCCCGAUCUCUUCGGUGCGGGCUGAGGAAAACCAAGACGACGAAUUGAAAACCGAGACCGUGGUGGAGGAUUUGGGCUCAUCGCGGGAUGGAUCCAAGACCGACUCCGAGGUGGUCAACCGAGAGGAAGAGGCUAUCAAGUUGGAUGGGCUUUCGGUUAAAGAGAUGAAGGAAUUGAGGGAGAAAUCGGAAAAGCACCACUUUCAAGCUGAGGUCAAUCGGAUGAUGAAGCUGAUCAUCAACUCGUUGUACCGCAAUAAGGAGAUCUUCUUGAGAGAGUUGAUCUCGAACGCCUCCGAUGCCUUGGACAAGAUCCGAUUACUCUCACUCACCGACAAGAGCGUGCUUAGAGGCAAUGAAGAUUUGAACAUCAAGAUCAAGGCCGACAAGGAGAAUCAUGUGCUCACCAUCACGGAUACGGGUAUUGGUAUGACCAAGGCGGACUUGAUCGCCAAUCUGGGAACAAUUGCUAAAUCCGGCACGGCCGAUUUCUUGAGCAAGCUCCAGGAUGCGUCCAAUAGUCAAGAGAUGACCGACUUGAUUGGCCAAUUCGGUGUGGGAUUCUACUCCUCGUUCUUGGUAGCUGAUAAGGUCAUCGUCACUUCCAAGCAUAAUGACGACAAGCAAUACAUCUGGGAAUCGGAUGCCAAUAGCUACUCGGUGGUGGAGGAUCCCCGUGGUGAUACUCUGGAACGAGGAACCCAAAUCUCGCUCUUCCUUAAGGAGGAGGCUUAUGACUACUUGGAGCAAGAUACUGUCAAGGAUCUGAUCAAGAAAUACUCGCAAUUCAUCAACUUCAACAUUCACAUGUGGGCUAGCUCCACCAAGACCGUUGAGGAGCCCCUAGAUGAUGACGAAGAGCCCGCUGAGAAGCCUGAGGAGAAGACCGAUGAGGAUGAAGAUGCCGCAGUUGAAGAAGAAAAAGAGGAGGAAGACAAGCCAAAGACCAAGAAGGUAGAGAAGACCACAUGGGACUGGGAACUGAUCAACAAUUCCAGGCCCAUCUGGACCCGUAAGCCCAACGACAUUGAGAUCCCCGAGUACAGCGAGUUCUACAAGUCCAUCACCAAGGACACCAAUGGUCCCUUGACUUACACGCAUUUCGUGGCUGAGGGUGAGGUCACUUUCAAGUCUCUGCUCUUUGUCCCCGUCAACCAGCCUUCCGAGACCUUCAACAAGUAUGGUGCCACCACUGAGAACAUCAAGCUGUACGUUCGACGAGUCUUCAUCACCGACGACUUCAAGGACAUGAUGCCCAGCUACUUGUCGUUUGUCCGAGGCGUGGUCGACUCGGAUGAUUUGCCUUUGAAUGUUUCGCGAGAAACUCUUCAGCAGCACAAGCUCCUGAAGGUGAUCAAGAAGAAGUUGGUUCGUAAGACUUUGGACAUGAUCAAGAAGAUUGACGCCGAGAAGUACCCUUUGUUUUGGCAAGAGUUCUCCACCAACAUCAAGUUGGGUGUCAUUGAAGAUGCCGCCAACCGAUCCCGUUUGGCCAAGUUGCUUCGAUUCCCGUCCUCCGAGGGCAAGCUCGCCUCUUUGGCCGAGUACGUAGAGCGCAUGAAGGACAAGCAAGAGCAGAUCUUCUACAUGGCUGGUUCUUCCAAGGCCGAGGUUGAGGCCUCUCCCUUCGUAGAGCGUCUCUUGAAAAAGGGAUAUGAAGUGCUUUACCUAACUGAGGCCGUGGACGAGUACGCCAUCUCUGCUUUGCCCGAAUUCGAGGGUAAGAAGUUCCAGAACGUGGCCAAGGAAGGAUUUAGCUUGGAUGGCGAGACUGAGGCUGCCAAGCAACGCAAGCAAGAGCUUAAGGACAAAUUGGAGCCCUUGACCAAGUGGCUUCAAGAAGAUGCCCUCAAGGACCACAUCCUUCGAGCUGAGGCUUCCGAGCGCUUGGACAAGUCUCCUUGUGCAUUGAUCACCUCCCGAUUUGGCUGGACCGCCAACAUGCAACGAAUCAUCUCCUCGCAAACCCAUUCCAAGACCAACGAUAUGCAGCGAGACUACUACCUCAACCAAAAGAAGGCUUUGGAAAUCAAUCCCCGUCACCCAUUGAUCAAGGAGCUCCUCCGACGUGUCGAAGACAAUCCUGACGACCAAGUGGCCAAGGACAUGGCUCUGAUGAUGUUCAACACCGCCACCCUCCGAUCCGGUUACAUGCUCAAAGACACGGUUGAUUUCGCCACCCACAUCGAAAACAUGAUGAGAGACACUUUGGGUAUCGACAAGGACGAACAGGUCGAAGAAGAGGAAGAGAUUCCAGAAGACGAGCCCGUUGAAGAUGAGGACGACGAGGAUGAAGAGGAAGACGAAGACGAGGAUGAGGAGGAAGAGGAGAACGCCGAAAUCGACACAGAGCCUAGGGAUGAACUGUAAAGUAGUAUAUCCUGAAGCAAUCGGAUGAGGCGAUCUGCAUCUUUAUCUCAAAACCAAACCGGACGCCAAGGAUGAUCAAAAAAUGUGGAAGUGGAACAAAUCGAUGGUUUGAUCUACUUCCUCACACCAUCCCAAGCCUCCGCAUGGGUUGCCUUUUAGCCACCUUUGUCCUUUCCUUCCCUCCCCACACCGCCCCACCCCGCCCCGCCCUCUAACCGAAACUUCUGGUUUCGCAAUUGUGAUAUUUGUUGAUGACAUCAUCUUUUUGUUUCUCCAUUUUAUUGAUUAAGUCAUCAAAUUGUGCCGUUAGCUCCAUUGGUCAGCCAGCAUGAUGUGUAUUUGGUAUGAAUGAGGGUUUUUGUUAAAAUCCCAACCAUCCUGGUUUUCUUUUUCGUCUCAUGAUCGAGUGUUUUGAUUAUGACAUGUUGCCUUGUUUAGUAUCAUUGAAUUAUUAUUCAGUGAUACUUGGAAUGAUGAAACAACCCGCCUCUUUUUUAUUCGCAAUUGAAAAAAGAACUAAGUUUGAUAAUGCCGGAAAUAAAAAGAAACACUCAUUAAAUAUUAA